UUCGAGGAUUCCACAACUCAAUCAAGUUUGUUCUGUCCCUUCCACAAGGCUCCUCCUCCAUCAUCUUCUCGAGUGCAUUAACAACUAAAGAAUUGGUUCGCGAUUCACCUACGUGUUCUUCAUUAUUGCAACAGGCCGCAGUGAGGUUGAAGAAGGAACUGCAAGGUCGUGUUUGAUUACAGAAACCCCUAAAUCAUUUGUUUGUUCCAUCUCCAAUGGCCAACGACUCUUCGUUUUUGUUUUCUGGCAUUCGUUUCAACAGAAAGAAGUUCGGCGCCGAUAUCGCCAGAUUCCAGAAAAAAGAUAACGAUACUGAUUCGGCGAAGAUUUGGAGCGUUGCCGAUGACGGAAGGGCGAAAACGAGGGAAGCAGUAGAAGAAAAAACAGCGUCCACGAAGAAGAGGAAGCGCAAGGGAAACUCUUCUGAAAAUGUUGAAGGAUUCAAUGUGUUUAGAAAUUCCGCAUCUGUGGCGCAGUCCAGUGGUGAAGUUCAAGCUGAUCAGGAGUCUAUUGAGUUUAGUAAAAGGAAGAAUAAGAAGGAACAAAAUCGACAACUCGAGCGGGACGCGAUAUUCAGAAAGCAGCACAACAUUCAUGUCUCUGGUUAUAAUGUACCGUCUCCUCUUCAAAGCUUUGACGAAUUGAAAUCAAGAUAUAAGUGUCCAUCGUAUUUGUUGCGCAACCUGAAGGAGCUUGGAUUCAGAGAACCAACGCCUAUUCAAAGGCAGACUAUUCCAGUACUUUUAGAUGGUCGAGAGUGCUUUGCUUGUGCACCAACUGGUUCUGGGAAAACCCUUGCAUUUGUAUGUCCAAUGCUUAUAAAGCUUAAGGACCCAGAAAAGGGUGGCAUUCGAGCUGUUAUCCUUUGUCAUACCCGUGAAUUAUCUGCUCAAAUAUUUCGAGAGUGCAAAAAGCUUGCUAAAAGAAAAAAGUUUGGUAUUAAGUUAAUGACUAAAAGUCUCUUAAGAAAUGCUGAUUUUUCAAAGUUUCCAUGUGAUAUACUAAUAUCCACACCACUCCGAUUACGAUUGGCUAUCAAGAAGAAGAAGAUUGAUCUCAGCAGAGUGGAGUACCUUGUCCUGGAUGAAUCGGAUAAGCUUUUUGAGCCCGAAUUAUUCAAGCAGAUUGAUUCUGUUCUCAAGGCAUGCUCCAACCCCUCAAUCAUUCGCUCACUUUUCAGUGCUACUUUACCUGAUUUUGUUGAAGAUCGAGCUCGAGAACUUAUGCACGAUGCUGUUCGUGUAAUUGUUGGCAGGAAGAAUAUGGCUUCUGAAACAAUAAAGCAAAAAUUGAUUUUUACUGGAAGUGAAGAAGGAAAACUUCUUGCAAUUCGUCAAAGUUUUGCAGAGAGUCUAAAUCCUCCAGUAUUGGUCUUUCUCCAAAGCAAGGAACGAGCCAAGGAGUUGUACGGUGAACUUGCAUUUGACAACAUUAGAGUUGAUGUCAUUCAUUCUGAUUUGUCUGAACAAGAGCGAGGAAAUGCUGUCGACAACUUCAGAGCUGGAAAAACAUGGGUUUUGAUUGCUACUGAUGUGGUUGCCCGGGGCAUGGAUUUCAAAGGAGUGAACUGUGUGAUCAAUUAUGAUUUCCCUGAUUCUGCCUCCGCAUACGUCCACAGAAUUGGUCGUUCUGGCAGAGCGGGGAGGAGUGGAGAAGCGAUUACUUUUUACACAGAGGAAGACAUUCCAUUGCUGCGGAAUGUUGCUAAUCUAAUGGCAGCAUCGGGCUGUGAAGUUCCGCCCUGGCUCAUGGAGUUGCAAAAAAAGAAGUGGAAGAAGCACCGUCCCAAAAGAGAUUCAAUCUCAACAAAACCAGACCUGUAACAACAUAGAAUGAGAACACCAGUUUAACCCAGAAAUUUCCGGUAGUAUUUAUGUCUUAACAGGCCAGGCAGCUUGGUGUUAAGAUUUCUUCGUUACCCAUCCCCAAAAGUUUAACACCAUGUAAAGGGAAGGGUUUGGAAUGUGAUUUAUAGAGUGACGUUUCAGGUUAAUUCAGUACAGAAGCUGACAGUGUUGCCUAAAAUCGUUUGUUUACAGUAUCGUAAUGCCCUCAGAUCUCAUUGUAAUAGCCAUCUGAACUGUAUAUGCUUUGGGAAUUUUCGUGCCUCUUCAUGCUGUAAACUUGGAACUUUUUGCCCGUACAAGAAACGAUAGUAUUAUUUUUU